AUGACCUCGUUUUCGGGAAACGAGACCCCGCUACAGGCGGAUGACUGGUUACAGGAAGUAAAAGGUAUGACGACCCUAAAUCAUUGGCCGUUUGAAUACGUGUUGCAGUACGUUAGAAUGCAUUUGACUGGUCCGGCAAAAGAUUGGUUCUCGGGUCGGGAAUUCACCGACUGGGACAUGUUAGAACUAAAAUUCCGGCUCGUUUUCGUGCGUGACACGUUUGCUGCCGAUCGAGAUGAGAUGCGGGCGCGGAAGCAAGGACCAGUCGAGACCCUCAUCUCAUAUCUGCAAAUCAAGCUCCACAUGUGCAGAGGUAUCGGACACUCGUUCCAGAUGUCUAAAGACUACGUCUUGCGAGGACUGAGAUCCAGGGAAAUGGCCCUGUACGCUGUUGGUCGGAAUCACUCUUGUGACGAAGAGUUGUUGAGUGACCUGUUAAACUGGCAGCGCAUGUGUGCGUUGCAUGCGUCUCCGGAUACGCCGAAGUAUGUUGGUCCGCAAGCUGCUAAAGGGACGUCUGUCCGCCAACUACAAAAAAAGACUGAAGAGGAGUCGAACCCCAGUAAGUGGAAGAAAUUUGAUAAGACAGUCGAGGUGUCGAGUGGAACCCGGGUGGACGAUUACUCCCCCAGCUGUUGGGUUUGCAAAAAGACUGGCCAUUUGUCGCAUGACUGUCCUGACAAGACGAGUCAAAAAACCGUGUGUUUUGGAUGUGGGGUCGAGGGACAUAUCCGACCCAACUGCCCGGAAAAGGAUCAAGCAAAUGUCGCUGAAGCGGGACCGGUGCUUACGGGCCAUCCUUACAAGAAGGUUGGUUGCGUGAACGGUAAGGAAGGGGACAUGUUGCUCGACACUGGUAACCAUUACUCUCUCAUUAAAGAAAACGUCGCGACAAGGUGUGGCCUACGUGUGAGCCCUUCCGCACGAUCACUUUACGGAAUCGGAAGUACCACCGUGCCGUCGGUAAAUACUGUGGGUGAAGCGAUGGCAGACGUUGUGCUCGAUGGUGUCAACCCGGGCGAGGUUUUGUUAGUCGUGGUGUCGGACGCUGUCCAGUCUCCCGACGUGAUUGUUGGACGGUCGUGGUUGGACCUGCCGUCAGUGGCCUAUCAUAAAGCGCACGGACAUUUGUAUAUCCACAACGCUGAGGCGAGUAAGGAUGGUACCUCAGUGGGAACUGCUAGUCAUGACAAAGAGCCCGACUACCUAUCCGUCGUGGAAGUUGACAGAGAUCCGCUGGUUAGGCAAAUGUUGGUAUUGAGCGACCCCGAGUUUGUUAACGCGGAGGUGCCAGGUAGUUCGUCGGUCAAUUGCUGGAAGAAGACUAUGGAAGGUCUGAAGAGCGCUUGGCCGCGGCCACUGCUAAGUUGGCCGAUGCCGCACAAGUUGCUGAUGAGUCUGAGCGGAUCCGAGAAGCGUUGGAGAAUCGGAUAA